GUUUCGGUAGGAGUUCCUACGGGUUAUCUUGUGUGUACUUUUGUCUUGCUGCUGAUUCAUCAUUUGCUCUCCUCAUGUCUGGACCGUUAUGAUGGCAAUCGUUUCUCUGGAGUCGACUGGGAAUGGAAUUAUUGGUCUUGUCUGUUACAAUCAGUGCACAGUUCCUCUUGGCAUUUACUUUGUUCUGUUGCAAUAAAAUAAACACCCUCUUGAUGCACGUGAACUUGUCGCAUUGAUUUCAUUCAAGGAAUUACGCAAACUGGAAACUGCUCUGAGGAUGUAUUAUAGAAGUGUAAAAUUGUCAAGCCGAAACUUCACUUGAACUGAAUUCAGGAUGUGGACUAACCUUAAAUGCGAUUUGUGCUGUGGAGAUUUUUAAUGUAAUCCAAUUGAUUAAUAUUAUUACAUGUUUCUCCUGUAGUGCAUUCUUUGCCUGGAAACAUUACCAGGGUAUUUUUGACCUGUGGAUGACUUGUCCCUGGUGGAAAUUCCAUCUGAUUUUCGUUUCUCCAUGACCUGGGAGGCAAGCCUCUCAUGGCCUCGUCAGUACUUUUACCCUGUCUCAAGACGUUUUUCCAUGAAGCAAAAUAGGAGUUUGGGGAAACACGUCAGAUCUGGUUCACUCGCCCUCCACUUAAUGAUUCUGUGCCAGGACCGUGGAGAGAAAGAAAAGGGGGAACCAUCUGCCUCUGCUGAUGGAUUGUGGUGCCAUGCAUUUUUUUCCCGCUGCUAAUGGCAUUUAGAUAAGUGCGUUGCUGUGUUCUGUUCCCCUGGUAUCAUCAUGAGUUCUUUGUACUUCCAUCUAGCAUUUGCCACAAGCUACAUAUAUGAAUAUUGCGUCAAGUGGUUGGAACAUUAGCAACAGUGAUUCGUCUCUGCAGCAUUGUGCUGGUGUGUCUUUGCCCGCGUGCAGACAGCAUUUCUCAUGCUCGGAGGAUUAGAUGGAGAUUCCGGAGUGUGUCUUUGAUUUUAUCACACCUCCCAGGACUUUCACAUGUUAAAGAAUUUUUUGUAAUGUAGACUUUUUCCCCUACAUCUGACCUUUUCUGUGAAGCUUCUGGUGAGUCUCGAGGCUUCAGGAGAUAAGUGUUAGCUAUUUGUGUGGCAUUUCGGCAGAGGUUAUUCUCGUCUGAAAUCAGCUGCCUGCAACUGACGGCAGGCUGCUGGCAUGCUGAUGCGGUGUGUAGUGGGUGCUCAGUGUUCAGAGAUCAAACUCGUCAUGUGUGCUGAUGAAAUGGAAGACUCCGAGGAACUGUAAUUUGCCUCCUUGACUACUAGUGAAGACAGAGCCAAAUGAUCUAUUAUGCACACAUGAAACAUCAGGUUCUCAGUGACAUACAUACAUUGUAGACAUGCUGGUUGUUUCUGACGGUACUGCUCAUGCAUACGGUAGAUCUCCAGUGUUGCAUUUAUGUUUUAUGUCGUACGCUUUCUUGAUAUUUCUAACCCUUUUGACUCUUUUUUGUCGUGUUUUGGAAAAGUAGACUUGAUGGAGAUCUCAUCCCUUCACUGACUCCUAGAUUUCACCCCUAUUUGCCCAAGUUCGAGUUUUUUCUUGUUGGAGGUUCUCUUGACUACGUACUGGUAUCUGGCAUGCCAGGUAUCUGCCCAUUCUUGGACGAGCACCCGGACUUGUUUCUUCUUCUCAUGCUCUUGAUAGUUGCGUUAUACGCUGCUUACUACGGACUCUCCUGUGCUAUUGUAUAUCUUCUUUCCCAGACAGAUAAAUCACAACUGAGAAAACCACACCCCAGCCGACGCCAUGACGGAACGGGGCGAGAUUAAGGUCUUGGAGACAGCAGAUGACAUCCAGGAGCGCCGGCAGCAGGUGCUAAACCACUAUGAGGAGUUCAAGCGGCUGGCGCGGGAGCGUCGGGAUAAGCUGGAAGCCGCUCGCCGCUUCCAGUUCUUCAAGCGGGACGCUGACGAGCUGGAGACCUGGAUCCUGGAGAAACUGCAGACUGCCUCGGAUGAGAGCUUCAGGGAUCCCGUCAACUUGCAGGACUUAAGACACCUUAGAAAUCUUAAGGGUAAGCUGCAGAAGCACCAGGCAUUUGAGGCUGAGGUGAUCGCCCAUAGCAACGCUAUUGAGCAGCUGGAUCAGUCUGGCAAUGCCAUGAUUGCCGAGCAACACUUUGCCUCAGAUGUCAUCGAGGCCCGCCUGAUCGAACUGCACCGCCUGUGGGACUUGCUGCUCAGCAAGUUGCGGGAGAAGGGCAUCAAGCUCCUGCAAGCCCAGAAGCUGGUCCACUUCCUGCGGGAAUGGGAGGAGGUCAUGUUCUGGAUCAGAGACAAGGAGACCUUUGCCUCCUCUGUAGAGACGGGCCUUGACCUGGAGCACGUGGAGGUCCUCCAGAAGAAGUUUGAUGAGUUCCAGAAGGACCUGGCAGCCCACGAGGACCGGGUGGCAGCAGUGAACGAUGAGGCCAACACGCUUCUGGGUGAGGAGCACCCGGAGAGUGAGACUAUCCGCCUCAAGCAGGAGGAGAUGAACGAGGCCUGGGAGCACCUCAAGAGGCUGGCCACCAUCCGGCAGGAGAAGCUGUUUGGAGCUAUGGAGAUCCAGCGCUUCAACAGGGACGCCGAUGAGACCAUCAGUUGGAUCAACGAGAAGGACUCCAUCCUGUCUUCGGAUGAUUAUGGUCGUGACCUGGCCAGCGUGCAGGCCCUGCAGCGUAAGCAUGAAGGCAUUGAACGUGACCUGAAUGCCCUGGAAGACAAGGUGACCUGCUUGGUUCAAGAAGCAGACCGCUUGGAGCAGAUCCACACCGACCAUGCUCCUGAGAUCCAAUCCAAGCGUGAUGAGAUUGCCAACAACUGGGAGAACCUACGCUCCAAGGCUGACGAGCGCCGCAUCCGCCUGGAGGAGUCCAACAAGCUGCAGCGCUUUGUGGCCGACUACCGUGACUUGAUCACCUGGGUGCACGACAUGAAGGCCCUGAUCAACUCGGACGAGCUGGCCAAGGAUGUGCCGGGGGCCGAGGCUCUCAUGGAACGUCACCAGGAACAUAAGGGAGAGAUUGAUGCACAUGAUGACAACUUCAGAGCCUGUGCUGAUGAAGGUCAAGAACUGGUGGACACUGACCACCCUGCUAAAGAGGAAGUCAAGGAAAAGCUUGUCAACCUCGCUGAGGAGAAGGCAAGCCUAGAGAAGUUGUGGGAAGAGCGGCGUGUCCAGUAUGAGCAGUGCAUGGACUUACAGCUGUUCUACAGAGACACUGAGCAGGCUAACACCUGGAUGGCCAAGCAGGAGGCUUUCUUGAGCAACGAAGACCUCGGGGACUCCAUCGACUCUGUCGAAGCUCUGAUCAAGAAGCACAAUGAUUUUGAGAAGUCCCUCAACGCACAAGAGGAAAAGAUCAAGGCCUUGGAUGACUUUGCCACCAAACUGAUCGAGAGCGACCACUAUGCAUCGGAUGAUGUGGAAAGACGACGUGAUGAGCUGAUCAAGCGCCGCGAGGCCCUGAUUGAGAAGGCCAACAUCCGCCGCAGCCUGCUGGAGGACUCGUACCGCUACCAGCAGUUUGACCGGGAUGCCGACGAGGUGGAAGGCUGGAUCCGAGAGAAACUCAAGCAGACCUCGGACGAAUCCUACAGGGAUCCCACCAACCUCACAGGCAAACAGCAGCGGCACCAGGCAUUUGAGGCUGAGCUGAACAUCAACCAGGUUCGGAUCAACUCUGUCCGGGAGCAAGGGGAAGAGAUGAUCGCUGAGGAGCACUACAACACGCCAGAGAUUGAGCGACGCCUGGCUGAACUCAAUGAGUUGUGGAGCAGCCUGAUUACUCAGACUGAGACAAAGAGUGUGCGCCUGCAAGAAGCCACACAGGCCCUGCAGUUCAGCAUGAACGUGGCCGAGAUCCAGUCCUACGUGACAGAGAUGGAUGGCCUCCUGCAGACAGAUGAUCACGGAAAGGACAUUGGCACUGUGCAGUCCAUGCAGAAGAAGGUGGCCGAGAUGGAGAACCAGCUGGGUCAGCUGGAGGAGCGCAUCGUGGCCUCCACCACCCAGAGCCAGCAGUUUGCCAUGGCCGACCACUUUGACAAGGACACCAUCAUCGAGAAGGAGGUCGUCCUGAAAGAGCGCUACCAGUCUCUGCAGGCUCCCUUACAGGCUCGCAAGAAGAAGCUGGAGGACUCGUACCGCUACCACCAGUUCCUGCGGGAUGUGGACGAUGAGGAGGCCUGGAUCCGAGAGAAGGAGCCCAUCGUCACCUCCACCAACCGAGGCCGGGACCUGAUCGGCGUCCAGAACCUAAUCAAGAAGAACCAGGCCCUGAUGACGGAGAUCUCAGGCCAUGAGCCCAGGAUCACCUCGGUGGCCAAGAUUGGCCGGGAGAUGAUCGAUGAAGAACACUUUGCCUCGGAGGAAAUCGCCACCAAGGUGAACGCCCUGGAGGAGAAGUGGCAAAACCUGAAGGACAAGGCGGCCAAGCGCAAGGAGGACCUGGACGACUCCCUGGAGGCCCAGCAGUACUUUGCCGACGCCAACGAGGCCGAGUCCUGGAUGAAGGAGAAGGAGCCCAUCGUCUGCAGCGAGGAUUACGGCAAGGACGAGGACACUGCAGAGUCUCUGCUGAAAAAGCAUGAGGCCCUUCAGUCAGACCUGAAGGCCUACCACUGGACCAUUGAGAACCUGGCCAAACAGGCAGAGGAAUGCCGAUACGAUCCUCCCCAGUCGAUGGUGCGCUUUUUAAUCGGAACCCAACAAGAGGUGCCCGUGAGUGAUGAGGCUGGCAAAGAAUGUGUUGUCGCUCUCUACGAUUACACCGAGAAGAGUCCCCGGGAGGUGUCCAUGAAGAAAGGAGACAUCCUGGUCCUUCUGAACAGCAGCAACAAGGACUGGUGGAAGGUUGAGGUGAAUGAUCGUCAGGGCUUCGUCCCCGCUGCCUAUGUCAAGAAGAUUGAUGCUGCCCAGAGUGCUUCCCAGGCCAAUCUGGCUGAGGAGGAUGGCAGCAUCAAGGCCAGACAGGCUCAGAUUGAAAAACAAUACGAUGACCUGCUGCAGAAGGCCGACGUCCGCAAGGAGAAACUGGAAGAGUCCUGCAAGCGCUACAUGCUGCUGCGAGAGGCCAAUGACCUCAAUCAGUGGAUCAAGGAUAAGGAAGCCUUUGUGACUGCACAAGAGGUUGGUGAGGACUUGGAGCAAGUCCAGAUACUGCAGAAGAAGUUCGACAACUUCCAGAAGGAUCUUGCUGCAAAUGAGAGCCGUCUUGAUGAAAUCAAUGAACAAUCAAAGGAACUGCCUGUCGAUGAGAGCCCGGAAGAUGAUGUGGUUCGCCAACGUGUCUACGAGCUGAACGAACGUUGGAAGGCCCUGCAGAGGUUGACUGAAGAGCGAAGCGAGGUCCUCGGCACGGCCCAUGAGGUCCAGCGCUUCUUCAGAGAUGCCGACGAGACCAAGGACUGGAUCAAUGACAAGAACAAAUCCCUCAACACGGAGAACCUGGGCCAUGACUUGCACAGUGUACAGGCCCUGCAACGCAAGCACCAGGGGCUGGAGAGGGACCUGAAUGCCCUGGGAAGCCAGGUGAACAAACUGGAUGAGACCGCAACCAGACUGAUCCAGACCCACCCUGACCAGGCAGAGCCAAUCACAGAGAAGUGCCAGGACAUCGAUGCCGCAUGGAACAACCUUCAGCAGAGGGCCAAUGAUCGCAAGAAUAAGCUGACCGACUCCUACGACCUGCAGCGUUUCCUGAGCGACUACCGCGACCUGAUGUCCUGGAUCAGCAGCAUGAAGACGCUGGUGUGCAGCGAUGAGUUGGCCAAGGACGUCACCAGCGCCGAGGCUCUGCUGGAACGCCACCAGGAACUGCACUCUGAGAUUGAGGCCCGCGCUGGCUCCUUCCAGAACUUCGAAGCCUUUGGCAAGCAGCUCCUGCAGAACCAGCACUACGCCAGCCCUGAGAUCCAGGAGAAACUGGACACCCUCCAACAAGAGAGGGAGACUCUGGACAAAGAAUGGACCAACCGCAGGGUCAAGCUUGAUCAGUGCCUGGAGUUGCAGCUCUUCUUGCGAGACUGCGAACAGGCCGAGGCCUGGAUGGCCUCCCGUGAGGCCUUCCUGGCCAGUGAGGACAUCACAGGCUCCCUGGACGGCGUGGAGGCACUCAUCAAGAAGCAUGAGGACUUUGAUAAGGCCAUCAGCGCCCAGGAGCAGAAGAUCAACACGCUGCAGUCCUUCGCCGACCAGCUGAUCAACGCCGACCACUACGACUCACCCUUCAUCGCCGAGAAGAGGGACCAAGUCAUUGAAAGGUGGAACUCACUGAAGGCUGCCCUGAUCGAGAAACGCUCCAAGCUUGGCGAGUCCCACACCCUGCAGCAGUUCAGCCGGGAUGCCGACGAGGUGGAGGCCUGGAUUACCGAGAAGUACCAGGUGGCCACGGACAAGUCCUACAUGGACUCCACCAACAUCCAGAGCAAGCACCAGAAGCACCAGGCCUUCGAGGCUGAGGUUGCGGCCAACGCCGAACGCAUCCAAGCUGUCACGGCUGUCGGACAGAGGCUGAUCGACAACCACCAGUGCGUGGGCAGCGAGGAGGCGGUCCAGAAUCGCAUCGUCAACAUCGGCAACCAGUGGGAGCUGCUGGUCACCAAGUCGACCGAGAAGAGCGAGAAGCUGAAGGAGGCCAACAAGCAGCAGACCUUCCACAUCAGCAUCAAGGACAUUGACUUCUGGCUCAGUGAGAUUGAGGCCUCUCUGUCGUCGGAUGACAUAGGUCGUGACCUGACCUCGGUGCAAUAUCUUCUGAAGAAGCACCAGCUGCUGGAGGAUGACAUUGCUGCCCAUGAGGAUCGUAUCAAGGACCUGAAUGCUCAAGCGGAUGCCUUCAUCGAAGCCGGUCACUUUGACCCCCAGGAAAUCAAAGAAAAGAAGGAGAACAUCAAUGUUCGCUAUGAAAAAGUCAAAGAGCUGAGCAUCUUGCGUCGUGAGAAACUGAACGAGUCACACCGUGUGCAUCAGUUCUUCCGAGAUAUUGAUGACGAGGAGGCCUGGAUCAAGGAGAAGAAACUCCUGACCAGCUCUGAUGACUACGGCCGCGAGCUGACCGGCGUGCAGAACCUGCGCAAGAAGCACAAGCGUCUGGAGGCUGAGAUCAGUGGCCACGAGCCCGCCAUUCAGGCUGUUCAUGAUGCAGGUGCUGUUUUGAUGGAGAAACUACAGGCUGUCCAAGACUCGGGUGCCACUCUGAUGCAGGAGGUAGAGCUGAACAGGGACAACGUGCAACAGCGCUUGGACCAACUGGCCUACAACUGGGACGAGCUCAAGAACUUGGCACAGGACAGAGGUAAGAAGCUUGAGGAGUCGCUGGCUUACCAGGAGUUCUUGGCCAGCGUGGAAGAGGAGGAAGCCUGGGUGAACGAGAAGCAGAAUCUGCUGUCCAGCGAGGACUAUGGAGACACACUGGCCGCUGUGCAGGGCCUGCAAAAGAAGCACAAGGCAUUUGACAUGGACUACAAGGUGCACCAGGAACGCGUGGAUGACAUCAAACGGCAGGGGGAGACUCUGAUUGAAGCUGAGAACCACAAUUCGGAGGCCAUCGGCCAGCGCAUUGAAUCCCUGGAGAAGAAGUUUGAAGAACUGGGCCAGGCGUCCCAGCGCCGCAAGGCCAAGCUGGACGAGAACUCGGCCUUCCUGCAGUUCAUCUGGAAGGCGGACGUGGUGGAGUCCUGGAUUGGUGACAAGGAGAGCAUGGCUCGCUCCGACGACUACGGACGGGAUCUGUCGUCCGUCCAGACACUGCUCACCAAGCAGGAGACCUUUGAUGCCGGCCUGCAAGCCUUUGAGAAAGAAGGCAUCUCUACUAUCACCACUCUGAAGGACCAACUGGUGGAGGCCAAUCACGUCCAGACCCCAGCCAUACAGCAACGUCAUGCCAACCUCAUGGCUAGGUGGGAGAAGUUGCUGUCGGACUCGCAGAAUCGUCGCCAGCGCCUGCUGCGUGCCCAGGAGCAGUACCGCGAGGUGGAGGACCUGUUCCUUCUCUUCGCCAAAAAGGCCUCGGCGUUCAACAGCUGGUUUGAGAAUGCUGAAGAGGACCUGACUGACCCGGUGCGCUGUAACUCCGUGGAAGAGAUCAAGGCUUUGAAGGAGGCCCAUGACGCCUUCACCGCCUCCCUGAGCAGCGCCCAGAAUGACCUGAAGCAGCUGGCUGCCCUGGACAAGCAAAUCAAGAGCUACAAUGUCACAUCCAACCCGUACACCUGGUUCACCAUGGAGGCGCUGGAGGAGACCUGGCGCAACCUGCAGCGCAUUAUCCGAGAGCGGGAGGUAGAGCUGAACAAGGAGAUGGAGAGGCAAGAGGAGAAUGACCGCUUCCGCAAGCAGUUUGCCCAGCUGGCCAACUCCUUCCAUGCCUGGCUGACUGAGUCCAGGACCAUCAUCAAUCGGGUUGCCAUGGUGGAGGAAUCUGGUAAUUUGGAGAACCAACUGGAGAAUCUCAAAGAAAAGAUCGUUGAGGUUCGAUCUCAGAAGAGCCAACUGAAGAAGAUCGAGGACCUUGGAGCCAAGAUGGAGGAGAGGCUGAUCUUGGAUAACCGUUACACUGAACAUUCCACUGUUGGCCUGGCACAGCAGUGGGACCAACUGGACCAACUAGGUAUGCGGAUGCAGCACAACCUGGAACAACAGAUACAGGCACGCAACACCACCGGAGUCAGCGAGGAGUCGCUGAAGGAGUUCAGCAUGAUGUUCAAGCACUUUGACAAGGACAAGACGGGCUUCCUGGAGCACAAGGAGUUCAAGUCCUGCCUGCGUUCCCUGGGAUACGACCUGCCCAUGGUGGAGGAGGGAGCGGAGGAUCCGGAAUUCCAGGCCAUCCUGGACACUGUGGAUCCAAACAAAGAUGGAGUGGUGUCCCUCCAGGAGUACAUGACCUUCAUGAUCAGCCGGGAGACUGAGAAUGUCCACUCGCGAGACGAGAUCGAAAACGCCUUCCGUGCACUCAGCGCUGAGGGCAAACCUUACGUCACCAAACACGAGCUCUAUUCCAACUUACCAACGCAGUUGGCUGAGUACUGCAUUUUACGCAUGGAGCCGUUUCGCGAUUCCAAGGGUCGGGAAAUACCCAACGCCUUGGACUAUGUCAAGUUCAGCGUGGAUAUGUUCCAAAACUAACACCUGGCCCUAUCUGCUUUCGUCCCAUCCCCUCAGUGGGUAGGUUGAAGGAGCAGAUUUUCACAUCUUGAAAUUUUUUUUGUUAUCAGUUGAUCAGUUGUUUAGGUCAUAGAUUUUAGGUUCACCUUUCCCAUUUAGAGAAGUUUUCAGGCAAGCUGUUUGAUGGAUGCUUUUACAUUUAAAUCCAGUAAUCUGUAUCUUGGAAGUAAAAAGACAAUUGAUUUUCUCAAACAAAUCACUUGGACUUAAAGCAAGUGGAGGGAUGCUUACCUGAGUGUAAUGCACAUUAUGAAUGAAAAUUUUUCUCAUCUCUACAUUAUGAUCAUUGUCCGUGUAUUUCUAGUUCAUGCACAAUAUUGAAAAAUUUACAUUUUAAAAUUAAUGUUUGAAGAGGCUUUUAUGUAUCAAUCAUCAAAACUUGACUGGUAUUUCUUUGAAUGGUGUGGAGUUAUUAAAAUUGUAACUGUAAGUCAUUACUUGUACUCUCUGCAGUAAAAGUAGUAGGCAGUGGUGAGAAUCGUCAGAAAUAAAAACAUUCAUCAAAGAAAUCAGUACUGUCACGCAGGUGUAAUGUAACAAUGCUUAAUACUGCAUGAUCGUAGCUCGAUUGAUGUGUAAUCUGCUUGAUGUUACAAAAAUGCAUUUACUAUUCAUGAAACAAAACCCUGUCCUAAAAUUAUAUCAUCGGCUGUAGGACAUGCCGCUUUUGUGAACUGUAGAGCUUGUCAAGUUAGUCAUGCAACAGUUAUUUCAUGCUCAUAUUAAAAAUACAGCCAACCGUUAUUCGUGUGAAAAUAAAAUACGAUCUUUACACCCAUGUAAUACUGAGGUUGUAGAUUUUUUUCUAAAAUAAGUAGGUUCUGCACGUUGUUAAGAAAGCCCUAAUGGGUGUAUUGCGAAGGAGUCUUUUGCAAAUUGUUCUUCAAAGUAAAUCAUUGUGUAUUUGAUGAGAAAACAAAUCCUGGCAAACAUUCGGUCUUUAAAGUAUAAUUAUUGGUAAAGGGGAGAUAACAACCAAUGGACGAAUGACAGAUGGACUUGUAUUAAGUAAUUCAGUGACAAGUAUUCACCUCGAUUACAUCAGUGUUUUAAUAGGAGUGUGUGGUUGAAGGUUCAGGCUACGACAUCCAAAGAAAGUAUUCAAGUAAAGCAAGCGUACAACUGUGGAGUUUCGAUUUAAAAAUUGUUUCAAAAUAAUUCAUAAUUGGCGUCGUUAGCGAUAACGUAAUUACACGAGUAUUGUAACCAGCAAUUCCUGAAGGUAUUUUCCGGUGUUGGCUUUGAUGUUCUGUAACUUGUUUAGCAAGGAAAGGUGAAUAAAGUAGUGAAGCAUAUAAAACCA